AUGGCCGACAAAGAGCUCAAGACCCUCCACCAAGCGCUGAUCGGCAGCGUCUCCAAGGGCGACUACACCAGCGCCUCCCGCACCCUCUCCUCCCUCAAGCUCGCCCUCCUCACGCGCAACGCCCUCCUCCCCACGCCCAGCACCCCGGCCCCGAUCCUCCUCCUCGCCCGCGAGGUGCUCGAGAUCGGCGCCCUGACCAGCAUCCACCAGACUGACGACGCCGCCUUCUCGCGCUACUACUCGCAGCUGCAGCCGUUCUACGAGGACCACCGGCUCACCACGGCGUCGCCCAGCCCGCACCGCAGCAAGAUUGUGGGCCUGCAUCUGCUGCUCCUGCUGAGCAAGAAUGACAUUGCGGACUUCCACACCACGCUCGAGAACCUCGAGGCGGAUAUGGAGAAGGAUCCGUUUGUGAGGCAUCCGAUCAUGCUUGAGAGGUGGUUGAUGGAGGGGAGCUACGAUAAGGUGUGGAAUGCGACGAAGAGCUCGCAGAUGCCGAGUGAGGAGUAUGCGUUGUUCUCGCAGGUCCUCGUCGGAACUAUAAGGAACGAGAUCGCUACAUGCUCCGAAAAGGCAUAUGCAAGCUUGCCCGUGUCCAAUGCGAAGAACCUGUUGUUCUUGGACUCUGACGGCGCAGUCAUCAAGUUUGCGCAGGAGAAAGGAUGGGAGGUCAGAGAUGGCCGUGUCUACUUCCCGGUCGAGGAGUCCGAGAAGGAAGCUCUGGCUUCUGGCACAAUCAUCGAGAACACAAUCGGCUAUGCUCACGAGCUGGAGAUCAUUGUGUAG